AUGAAAACUUCAAAAAGACGGCCGGUAGCUAAUGCACAGGCGCAAGUUUUAUCGUUUAACAAAUCAGCUCGUCCGGAAACAAUCGCAGAUCAUAACGACCCUUACAAAGUUGAUUGGAAUGAAGUUGACGAAAAUGUAAACUAUUAUGUUGGGGAAAAG